AUGAACUCAGUCCCUGCUUCCACUGAAUUGCUUGGCUCCGAGAACGAGUCUCCGGUUACUACAGUUGGAGUUGAUUAUUGUCCCAUUUUGGCGGCUAGCUGUCCGAAGAAACCUGCGGGUAGGAAGAAGUUUCGGGAGACACGUCACCCUAUUUACAGAGGAGUUCGUUUGAGAAACUCAGGUAAGUGGGUGUGUGAAGUUAGGGAACCUAACAAGAAAUCUAGAAUUUGGCUUGGAACGUUCAAAACAGCUGAGAUGGCAGCUCGUGCUCAUGACGUUGCGGCCUUAGCCCUCCGUGGAAGAGGCGCCUGCCUCAACUUCGCCGACUCGGCUUGGCGGCUCCGUAUACCGGAGACAACCUGCGCCAAGGCUAUCCAGAAGGCUGCUGCUGAAGCUGCAUUGGCUUUUGAGGCUGAGAAGAGUGAUAACACGGCGAAGGAUCAUGGAAUGAACACUGAGGAGACUACGGUGGUGGCUUCUCAGGGUGAGGUGAAUGAAACGACGACGGAUCAUGGCGUGGACAUGGAGGAGACGAUGGUGGAGGCUGUUUUCAGGGAGGAACAAAGAGAAGUGUUUAACAUGGGGAAGGAGACGACGGUGGAGGGUGUUGUUACCGGGGAGCAGAGCAACGGGUUUUACAUGGACGAAGAGUGGACGUUCGGGAUGCCGACUUUGUUGGCUGAUAUGGCGGCAGGGAUGCUAUUGCCGCCGCCGUCCGUACAAUGGGGACAUAAUGAUGAGUUCGAAGGAGAUGCUGACAUGAACCUUUGGAGUUAUUAAUAUGCACAUUUUUUGAAUGAUGAUAUUUAAUAAAAGUUCUGAUUCUAUACCUUUAUCUUUUUUAUGGGGAUCUUUUCUUUAGUGUGGGAAACGAGUGUAGGUGUUGUGAAAAUGCUGAGUAUUUUUUUCUGGUGUGCAACAUAAUCAUCUUGGUCUCUUUAUAUGUAACAA